AUGUCUGCUGCAAGUGUAGCUCACGAUGCUGCGUGUAUUUUCUGCAAGAUCAUCAAGGGUGAAAUUCCAUCCUUCAAGUUGAUCGAGACUAAGUACUCGUUCUCCUUCUUGGACAUCCAGCCUACAGCUAGGGGCCAUAUUCUGGUCAUUCCAAAGUAUCACGGUGCGAAACUUCACAACAUCCCAGACGAGCACCUGAGUGACAUACUGCCCGUGACGAAGAAGCUGGUGAAAUUGCUGGAUCUGGAUAUCGACGAUGACGUUCCAGGUUACAAUUUCUUGCAGAACAACGGUAAGAUUGCCCACCAAGAGGUGAAGCACGUUCACUUCCAUUUGAUUCCAAAGAGGGAUAAAGACACCGGUCUGAUUGUGGGCUGGCCUGCUCAGGAGACCGAUUUCGAGAAGUCCGGUGCAUACCACAAGGAGCUAUUGGCGAAAUUGGACAAAGCUUAG